AUGGCGACCUUCGAGGCGUACGAGCGGCAGUUCAACGACAUCGUCGACGCUCUGUCAGACGGUAGGCGAAUCGCACGUAAGCAUAGGCCGCGAACGCUCGUCUCUCAUUUGCGCUCCUCCGCCCUGCAUGGUUCCCUUCACCCUGGGUUUCGCUCGUCGCCCCUCAUCGGUUUCAUCGCGUCCCCCGUCCCACUCAUCGCGUCCCUCGUCUCACUCAUCGCGUCCCUCGUCCCACUCAUCGCGUCGCGCGUCUCACUCGUCGCGUCGUGGCCGUGCAG